AUGGCAGCUAGAUUGUCAAGGCAUGAAUUAUCCGAUCUCUGUCUCGGGAAACCGCCCCUCAGGUCCCUCUCCGUCUCCGACACGGUAGCCGGCGCCCUUGCCGCCCUCAAAAAGAUCGAUGACAGCUACGUCACCGUCUGGGACUGCCACCACUCCUUCAUUCGGCAGCAACAACCGCAGCACCACACCAGUAUUACCAAAUGCAGCAUCUGCACCUGCAUCGGGAAGGUCUGCAUGGUCGACAUCAUAUGCUUCCUCUCCAAACCCGAAAACCUCUCCUCCCCUUCUGCCGCCCUUCAUUCCCCUAUCUCCGUUCUCGUCCACCAUACCUCCCCCGUCCUCGUCCGCCACCUUCCACCCACUGCCAGUUUAUUGGAGGCUAUAGAAGUUAUGCACGAAGGGGUGCAAAACCUGGUGAUACCAAUAAAAAACCAGUUGGAAUGUUAUGACGCCAACACUUUGCACCACAAUAACAACGCCACAUAUUGUUGGCUCACACAAGAGGACGUGUUUCGAUACCUCCUCAACUCAAUUGGUGUGUUUUCCCCAACACCGGCGAACCCCAUCAACACCCUAGGCAUCAUCGACACGCAAAACCUCUUUGCUGUGUGCUACGAUGACCCUGCAUCCACUACUUUGGACCUCUUGGCCCUGUCCCUCGUAUACCAAAGCUCCGUCGCCAUUGUCGACCCCAACGGCAAAUUCGUCGGCGAAAUCUCACCCUAUAUGCUCAACUCCUGCGACGAGACCGUCGUGCCUGCCAUGGUAACGCUCUCCGCCGGCGACUUCACCUCCUACAUCGACUGCGGUGGCCCGCCGGAGGACUUGGUGCAGUUGGUAAAAGAGAGGGUUCAGGAGCAUAACCUGACGGAGCUUCUCCACGACGAAACGGGUCUUUGUUCAUGGUCUUCAUUUUCUUCUAGUUGUUCCUCCGAUGAAGAAUCCUCCGGGAAGAAUUGGAAGCUUGGAGGGCACUCUGGGAGGGUGGGGAGAAGGUCUGAGGCAAUCGUGUGCUACCGGUGGAGCUCUCUGGUGGCGGUGAUGAUUCAGGCUCUGGCGCAUCGUGUGAGUUACGUGUGGGUUGUGGAAGAAGAUGGAACCUUGACGGGCAUUGUCACUUUCCAAGGAAUGUUGAAGGUUUUCAGAGAUCACCUAAAAUCCAUGUUCUAA